AUGGAAGAUUUGCAAUCGAAAAAAUCCGUUUCGUUUUCAGUCGUUGUGAAGAAAAACAGUUCAACGAGCACCUCUGAGUUUGUAACGGAAUUGAAAGAAGUGCUCACAAGCCGUGAGAAACAGGAGCUUAUUGUCGGUGAAAUCGAUUACACACCUCGGCAACUUGCACCGGCGCAGCUACACGACAAGGAGCCCUUGCAAUGGGAACAGUUUCAAGCAUGUUUCCAGGGUGCAGAUGAGUUAAACUUGUUGGUGAAAGAACUACCCUCAGUUGUAAGCAUCAAGUUAGAUGAAGAAGUGGGUGUAAUGGAAGAAGCGGCACAGGCAACCGAUAAAGUGGAGGCCUUCGAUUUGGAUCACGAGCCGGACUUUAGCGGAGUGAUUGAUCGGCGCAGCCCUUCACCGGAACCGGAUGCUCACACCUAUCACGUGAAAAUCCUUCUCACGGAAACCGAUGACAUUAUCCUGUUCGAAAGCGCUAGUCAUACGGUGGCGAAGGAUUCGGCGGAAGCCGCAACCGUCGAAGCACAAAAUGCAGCAUACAAUUUGAAGAAGACAAACCGUCGAACUGCCGUUGCCGAAGCGGAAGCUCAAACACCGGAUGUGUUGCUUAAGUCACGUGGAGUCAACACGGAACGAAUCAAAAAGCAGGAGGUAGCUUCGUUUGUGUCCAACUACGAUAUGUACGAUACUUAUAACGACUUGGAACGGCACACAAAAGAAAUUGACAUGGUGGAGGCAUCUUCGAAAAUCGAAAUUACGACUUACUCGCGUGAGGGCAUGGAGGACAUUGACGAAAUGUUAAACAAAAGUGACAAUUUUCAUCUCUCGUCGAUGAUUCUGCAGCGAUUGUUGGCCGGAAAUGUGUUUCGUGAGAAGCAGAGACGUUUCAGAAAUAUGUAUCUGCCGAAUCCUUUGGACUCGAAUGUACGAUAUCUGUAUCGGUUGGAUACUCUGUGGACUUACAAGGCACUUGAAACUAUGGGUAAGGCAGUGGCCUGUGCAAGUUGGUGUCCGGCAAAUGGCGAUAUUGUCGCAAUCGCAUAUGGAAUUUAUGGGUUUACGAAGUUCGAUGAUCGUAGCACUGGGUAUGUGUGCGUGUGGAGUAUAAAAAAUCCUGUCAAUCCCGAGAGACGGUACAAAUUUUCCGUACCAGUAACGGCUGUAGCAUUUUCAAGCCGGACUCCACAGUUGCUAGCUAUUGGGCUCUACGACGGAUCGGUACAUAUUCAAGAUAUCACGGACGACUCCCAAGUACCAGUUGGUGUUUCCGAACGGCGAACAUCUCCAGGUUUUGAGCCUGUUUGGGACAUCGAGUGGAUUGAUUCGGAUUCUGAUAAGGAUGAGAUCCUUACAGCUUCGCAGGAUGGCACAAUCAUGAAGUAUACUUUAAAUAUUGGACAGUUUUUGAUUGGUUAUCGUCAGCUGAAGCUCGAUCGCGUGGAAGGAGAAACUGAAGGUAUCCAAGUGAACAAGAAAAAAGAUUUUCUGGAGGCUGACCGUCAUCCACAAGCGCUGAGUCUUAAGAUACAUCCGGUCCGGAAAGACAUUUAUUUCGUAGGAACAGACGAAGGUUGCGUUCACAAGUGCUCUAUCAACUAUCCGUAUCAGCAUUCCGGAGUAAUGCAGAUGCAUAGUGGAGGUGUGUUUUGCAUCGAGUACUCACCAUGGAGUCCAAAAAUAUAUCUCACCUGCGGCGGUGACUGGUGUAUCCGUAUCUGGAUCGAAGAAAUAACCGAACCCAUCAUUACGCUGACGACGGGAUUCGGACCGAUUCAUGCCGCUUACUGGUCCCCCGUUAAUUCGACAAUUAUCGCGAGUAUAACCAAAACUUCCGUUCAAUUGUGGGACUUGAAAAGACGAAUGCUGAAGCCAGCGUCUAGCACAACUUUCGGAGAUUCAACUACGUCUUUGACCAUAGUGAAGUUUGCCAAUUGUGGCCGCAGUUUACUGGUAGGAGACAGUGAGGGGCGAGCGAGUAUCUGCGCCUUGGAGGACAUGCCGUUUCCACCACAUUUCCAAUACGAUGAACUUCAGUCGGCUUUGUACAAGAAUUUAGUCUGCAAACCGGAGCUCCUGAAUCAGGUUAAACGGUUCGGUUACCUGGGCUAUUAACCAAGUUAAUCAAGAGUUUUUGUACAAUAUUUGAUUUUUUUGUAUGGCAUUAGCAUGCGUUCCACUAUUUACAUUAAUUUCUUGAAUUUAA